AUGUCUAGCCAAAAACCUACAGCAAUCCUCAUUAUCCACGGCGCCUUCUUCCUCCCAUCGAGCUGGCAACCCCUCAUCAACGCCCUCACCCAGUCCCAACAAUACACUGUUCGAUGCCCACACCUCCCCAGUUGCGGCGACGAACGGUCCCCAAAAGCCACCCGAGACGAUGACAUUGCCGCCGUCCGCACAGCUGCGCAGGAACUCAUCAAUGAAGGUCACAAAAUCCUCGUUCUCGCCCACUCCUACGGCGGAAUAGUCGCCUGCGAAGCAAUAACUGAAGACCUCUACGCCCAGUCCCACACGAACCACAAAGGCAACGGCAUCGUCUCCCUACUCCUCCUCAGCGCAUGGCUAAUCCAACCCGGCCACACCUUCGAAGACGUGAUAACCAAAUACGGUUUACCGGGCGAAGUCGACGUAGGAAGUAACGGGGAUGGAACUAUCUUUGCGAGGAAUGCGCCCGCUUCGUUCUAUAAUGAUAUCGAUGAUCCGGUGGUAGCGGGGGAAUUGGCUAAAGAGAAUGUUACGCAUAAUUGGGUUGCUGGGCCUGGGAAGAUUAAUGGGGCUCCGUGGAUGGAUUUACCCACGAUGUAUGUGUUUUGUAAGAGGGAUUUGGCGAUUUUGUUGCCUUUGCAGCGGUGUAUGGUGCAAGAUGCUUUGGAUGCUGGGGGGAAGGGGAGGGGGAGGUUUGUUACUGAGGAGAUUGAUUCGGGGCAUUGUCCGUUUUUGAGUAUGCCAUGGGAAGUGGUGAGGGUCGUGAAUAAGGCUAAAUGUGAGUUUGAUUGA